AUGCUCUUUAGUUAGAAUCAAAAGCCAACUCAUGUAUAUUACAUAAUAGAGGGUGAAGUGAGAUUGGAAGAAACACAGAUUGAAAAAAGGAUGCCUAAGAAUAAGAUGUUGGCAUCGACCUGUAUGGCAAAGAAUAGAACGUUGCUAAUAAAGUCUGCUGGCUCUUUGGUUGGAGAAAUCGAAGCAUUGCUUGAAAAACCUUAUCAAACCACUGCCAAAAGCAAUGUUCAUUAUAGCAAGGUGCUCUUGAUCCCUGAAGCUAUUUACAUAGACUUGAAAAAACAAGAUUACUUGCAUUAGAGCCUCGAAACACAGCAUCAAAAGGAUUAAUUAAUCUUGAAGAAGAUCAUCCAGCUAAAACGAAGAAGAUUGGAAUUGCAAGAGAUUUCCCCUGAGAGAGACUCCUCUUCCUAAACCAAGAUUAGUCGAGAGGACUUCAUAGUGCAAUAAAACAAAAGAAUACAAAAGAAACAAAAUUUUGAAUUCAUUAAUUUAACGCCAGAAGCUCCUUUAGAGUGGCUGCUCCUGAUGAAAAGCCAGAGAACAGAACUCGAUCUAUAUCCGCUCCUACUAAAGCUAAAAUGCUAUCUACCAUAAAAAGCAUUAACAGCACUGAGAAAAUAUUGA